AUGUCCAAGUCGGGCGCCAAAACUAUGCUGAAUGCUCCAGUGAAAAAGUCCCAUUCUUUCAUGGUCUCAAGUGUGUUCAAAGUCUCUGAGACGGCUGACAAGUAUUACUGCUCCCAGCUUGCUCCUGCUGACAAUAGGAACUACACAUACCAAGGAGGUACCUUUGCUAUUACCUGCAGCGGAUGGGACCCCGACAACAAGCGUGAAUAUGAUGGUGAUCUUGGUGUGUAUUGUAGCGCAAUGGAACUACCAAUGGAUAUUUAUUGCUACGCAAUCAAAGCAAAGAUGUUCCCGCAACCUGACACUGCCGACUACAAGUUAUACUUUGAAUCCAACCACAGGAUCUCGGUUGGAACCUCAGACACAUUUGCCGGCAAAUUACAUAACACUUCUGCAUCUCUUUGUGACAACGUUGAUUUUGCAGUCAAAUAUCACAUAAGCCCAACCAUCAAGAUGAAACGUUCCCAAGCAAUCAUCCAAGAUGGAAAAGAGGCGCUUGUGCAUGGUUUCAUUGUUGAUUGGGACAACAACACGCACAGAUGGAUUGUUGAAUGCCCUACUAACACUAAAGAUCCAGGUAUAAUGGCCAUCAAUGUUGCCACAGGACACAAACAAGCAACUAAGAAGCACCAAGCUGCGGGUACCAAAGUUACACCUACCGGGAGGGUUCGCCCAGCUAAUACAUAUUUUGGCUGUUGUAUGACCAGAAGUAAAACUGACUGUCCAACUCCAAAUGUGCAUCUGACUACCUCCGCGAGUGCGAUUGCUAAAGGGAAGAAGCGGGCCCCUCCUCCAGAAGAGGAAGGUUAUUUUGACAAUGACAGAAAUGUUGUUAUGAGUCCCCCUCAAGACCCAGUUCCUGGUCCAAGUGGCUCUAAGCAAGCACCCGCUGGCCGUCAAGCCAAGCGAUCUAAAAAGGUGUGA